AUGAUCUCACCCCCGGCACCGAUAUACCUAGAUGCGCAGGCGAUAAGUGGGAUAACGGGGUCCAUAUCCAUCGCGUGCUGGAUUAUAGUGUUUGCGCCCCAGAUUUACGAAAACUUCACCCGCAAGUCAUCGGAGGGGCUCUCGCUAACCUUCAUUGUGCUCUGGCUCGCAGGCGAUGUGUUCAAUGUCCUCGGCGCAGUGCUACAGGGCCUACUUCCAACCAUGAUCAUUUUGGCCGUCUACUACACGUUGGCAGACAUUGUGUUGCUUUGGCAGUGCUUGGUGUAUAGAGACGGGCCCAACAAGAGCGAGAGCAAAGUGGGUGGCCCCGAUUUGGUGCAUUUGAACCCCACGAGUCCCAUGAAUGAAGAUGUCUUGAGCUCGAUAUACUCGGGCGAGUCCAACAGUGUGAGCCGCCACCGCAACCGCCAGCAGGACUUGGAACAGGCAACAUCGCCAUUGUCGGGGAAAAAGGCAGGAAACAACAACAAGCUCUCCGCGAUGCAGACCUUCCUUCUCAAUUUCUUGAUGGUUGCGCUUGUGUUUCUUGCUGGGUUCAUUGGCUGGUUCGUCCCCUACUUGAAAGACGCAAAGAAGAACCCGGGCCACGGCCACGGCCACGUGCCUCACAACCCGGAGGACUUGAAAUUCGACCCACUUGCGCAGACGUUUGGCUGGCUCUGCGCUAUACUUUACUUGGGGUCGCGCAUUCCUCAGAUUGUCUUGAACUAUGAGAGGAAAUCAGUCUCGGGGUUGAAUGUGGCUUUUUUCCUCUUUGCGUGCCUAGGCAACUCAACCUACGUGAUAUCCAUCUUGUCAAUCGACACCAGUGCUCACUACUUGUGGGUCAACUCGUCCUGGCUUGCCGGCUCCUUGGGAACACUAGUUUUGGAUUUCCUUAUAUUCAUCCAGUUUUUCAUUUACAAUGACGAAGACGAUGAAGAGAGCGACGACGGCGACAGUGAAACUGACACUCUUUCCACUGCAUCCACUACAAAUGCCAGUGGGCCAUUGCUCAAUGGCCAUGCCAAUCAUCAGCAACAACAACCAUCAUCUUCAACAUCAUACGGUAGUACUAGAACUUAG